GCCCCUCGUCCUCGCCAACCUCCUCCUCGUCGCCCUCAGGCUCCCCACCUCGAGGCCACGUCGGCUCGUCCGCAACCUCGCAGGCGCCAUGCCGCCCACUAUCGACCUCUUCGUCACCUCGAUCCUGUCCAACCCGGCCAUCCGCGGCCGCCACGAGCGCGUCAGGCGAGGCCUCACGUCGCUCCGAAUCGCAUAUUGUGAACACGACGUCGCGGCCGACGAGGCGGCCAAGUCGCUGUGGAAACGCAAGGCGAGGAACGGCAACGAGCUGCCGUUCCUCCUCGUCGACGGCGAGCCCGUGGGCUCGGUCGAGGAGUUUGACGAUGCGGUCGAGUUCGGCGAGCUGCGCCAAUUCCUUCGCCUCGAUGCCGCACCGUCCGCCGUCCCGCCUCAAGCAUCAUCAGCCGAGUCGACCGCUGCCCCGGCAGGCGCCGAAACCUCGAGCGGCAGCACCGCAUCCUCUACAAAACCCUCCAUCGACGACUUUGCCUCGCUGUCCCUGUCGCCGUCCGAGCUAGACGAGCUCGCGCGCGAGAUCGCCUCGGGUUCGACCUUCUCGUCCGGCCUCGGCACCCUCACCCCUCUCGACGCCCCUCGCGCCGCCCCGCUCAACUUCUCGCACGCGACCCGCACGAUCGAGCCCGUCCUGCCGUCGACCGCGCCGCUCAAGUUUGAGCGCGUCAACUUUCAGCGGCCGCUCCCCGACCGACCGCUCGCGAGCGAUGUUGCGCGCGACGAGCUCGAGGGGAUCGAGACGGACGACCUCGGCGAGGACGAGCUCGACAAGCUUGCGCGCGAGCUCGAGGAGGAGGAGGACGAGCGGCGCCGGCUGCGCGACGCGCAGGGCGAGGCCCGCAUCGAGCCGCCGCCGCUGCCCGAGAAGCCGGCGGCGACCGACGAGCCCGUCAUCGCGGCCAAGGUCGCCGACCCGCCCGUACCGCUCAAACUCCCCGCCGAGCUCGCAGGCGCGACCGCCGUCGGCGGCGCGGGCGGCGCAGCGCUCUCGGCGCCCCUCGUCGACGUCACGACGCUGCGCCUCUCGCCGCACGAGCAGGCGACGCUCGCCGACAUGCCGUCGCCGAGCGGCGCGACGCUCGAGGUGCAGCCCGUGAGCGCGCUCGAGCGUGCCGGGCCGCUGCCUGAGGCUGCAGAGGAGGAGGGCGAGCCGGGGCGGGCGGCGGCGGGUUCGUCGCGCACGAGCAAGCGCGAGGCGGACGAGAUCAGGGCGGAGCUCAACCUCGAGGGCGCGAUGGGCGGACCGGCCAAGGUCAGCGAGAUGCCGCAUUUCGGCGCCCAGGACCUGUCGCCGUCGCCGUCGCAGCAGCAGCAGCAGGAAGGCAGUGACGAGCUCGUCGAGAACGUCGCAGCGGCGAUUCGUGGAGGAGACCUGUAGUCACUGUGCAACCUCCUCUUUCGCGCUCUCUCUGU